AUGCCCAGUUAUUACCCUUCACAAGGCUCACAUGUAUCCCAUCAUCAUCAUGAACCAGUUAUCUACACGUCAAGUCAUCACUCUCAUGGCGUACCAUACGUCCCCAGCGGAAGUCAGCAGUAUUACAGCCAGCCUUCCUACGGUGGAGAGAAUGUAGUCUAUGUUCCAACUCAUAGCAGUAGUCAUGGCCAUGGUCACCGCUCUCAUCAUUACAGCACAGCGCCCGUAACUGUGUACGCUGCUGAGGAUGGGCAUCGGCAUCAUCGUCGUUCUAAACAUCGUCCUCAUGCUACAUACACUACUGAUACUCGCCAUCUAACACUCGGUGAACGUAUCCGUCGUUUCUUUGGCUUUGGCCCCAAGCACCGUCAGUACAAGCACAAAUCGAGAAAUAGCUCUUGGGGAUUCCUUGGUCGGUCACGUCGACGACGAUACAUGGAUGCUCGCACGGGUGGCGAAGUUGACAGGCAUGGUAGGCCUGUUUACCGCGUUUGA